AUGGAACAUACAUAUCAAUAUGCCUGGGUAAUUCCUCUUCUCCCACUUCCAGUUAUUAUGUCAAUGGGAUUUGGACUUUUUCUUAUUCCUACAGCAACAAAAAAUCUUCGUCGGAUAUGGGCUUUUCCUAGUAUUUUACUCUUAAGUAUAGCUAUGGUAUUCUCACUUCACCUGUCUAUUCAACAAAUAAAUGGAAGUUCUAUCUAUCAAUAUCUAUGGUCUUGGACCAUCAAUAAUGAUUUUUCCUUAGAAUUUGGAUACUUGGUCGACCCCCUUACGUCUAUUAUGUUAAUACUAAUUACUACUGUAGGAAUCUUAGUUCUUAUUUAUAGUGACGAUUAUAUGUCUCACGAUGAAGGAUAUUUGAGAUUUUUUGUUUAUAUAAGUUUUUUUAAUACUUCCAUGUUAGGAUUGGUUACUAGUUCCAAUUUGAUACAAAUUUAUUUUUUUUGGGAACUUGUGGGAAUGUGUUCCUAUUUAUUGAUAGGUUUUUGGUUUACGCGGCCAAUUGCAGCGAGUGCUUGUCAAAAAGCUUUUGUAACUAAUCGUGUAGGGGAUUUUGGUCUGUUAUUAGGAAUUUUAGGUUUUUUUUGGAUAACGGGUAGUUUGGAGUUUCGGGAUUUGUUCAAAAUAGCUAAUAACUGGAUUCCUAAUAAUGGGAUUAAUUCCUUACUUACUACUUUGUGUGCUUUUUUAUUAUUCCUUGGUGCAGUUGCAAAAUCUGCACAAUUUCCUCUUCACGUAUGGUUACCUGAUGCUAUGGAAGGACCCACUCCUAUUUCGGCUCUUAUACACGCAGCAACUAUGGUUGCUGCGGGGAUUUUUCUUCUAGCUAGACUUCUUCCUCUUUUCAUAUCCCUACCCUGGAUAAUGAGUUUCAUUUCUUUAAUAGGUACAAUAACACUCUUCUUAGGAGCCACUUUAGCUCUUGCUCAGAGAGAUAUUAAAAGAAGCUUAGCCUAUUCUACAAUGUCUCAAUUGGGUUAUAUGAUGUUAGCUCUAGGUAUAGGUUCUUAUCAAGCUGCUUUAUUCCAUUUGAUCACUCAUGCUUAUUCGAAAGCUUUAUUGUUCUUAGGAUCCGGAUCCGUUAUUCAUUCAAUGGAACCUCUUGUUGGAUAUUCACCAGAUAAAAGUCAGAAUAUGGUUCUUAUGGGUGGUUUAAGAAAAUACGUUCCAAUUACAAGAACUACUUUUUUAUGUGGUACACUUUCUCUUUGUGGUAUUCCACCUCUUGCUUGCUUCUGGUCCAAAGAUGAAAUCCUUAGUAAUAGUUGGUUGUAUUCACCCUUUUUUGGAAUAAUAGCUUCUUUUACUGCAGGAUUAACUGCAUUUUAUAUGUUUCGGAUAUAUUUACUUACUUUUGAUGGGUAUUUGCGUGUUCAUUUUCAAAAUUACAGUAGUACUAAAGAAGGUUCGUUGUAUUCAAUAUCCUUAUGGGGAAAAAGUAUAUCCAAAGGAGUCAAUAGGGAUUUUGUUUUAUCAACAAUGAAGAGUGGAGUUUCUUUUUUUUCACAAAAUAUACCAAAAAUUCCUGCUAAUACAAGAAAUAAGAUAGGAUCCUUUAGUACUCCCUUUGGGGCUAAAAAUACUUUUGUCUAUCCUCAUGAAACGGGAAAUACUAUGCUAUUUCCUCUUCUUAUAUUACUACUUUUUACUUUGUUCAUUGGAUCCAUAGGAAUCCAUUUUGAUAAUGGAGUAAAAGAUAAUAGAAUAUUGGAGUUAACCAUAUUAUCAAAGUGGCUAACUCCUUCAAUAAACUUGUUCCAGGAAAAUUCUAAUUCUUCCAUAAAUUCAUAUGAAUUUCUCACUAAUGCAAUUUCUUCUGUAAGUUUAGCAAUUUUUGGUCUAUUCAUAGCAUAUAUCUUUUAUGGAUCUGCUUAUUCUUUUUUUCAGAAUUUGAAUUUUCAAAAUUCCCUUGUAAAAAAGAAUCCAAAAAAGAGCUUUUUGGAUGAAGUAAAAAAAAAGAUAUACAGCUGGUCAUAUAAUCGUGGUUAUAUAGAUUUUUUCUAUACUAGGGUUUUUAUCCUAGGUAUAAGAAAGUUAGCCGAACUAACGCAUUUUUUUGAUAAAGGUGUCAUUGAUGGAAUUACCAAUGGAGUAGGUCUUGCUGGUUUUUGUAUAGGAGAAGAAAUCAAAUAUGUAGGGGGAGGGCGAAUAUCGUCUUAUCUAUUCUUUUUUUUAUGUUAUGUAUCCUUGUUCUUAUUCUUUAUUCCAUGA